UUCCGGGGGAGAAACAGGUCGAGUUACCUGGAGCAGGAAGUAGAAGAGGAAAGGUGUUACAGUAAAACACGUCAUUCAACACAAGAUCAGUUCUUUCUAGCACAGACGCGCGCGUUACAGAUCACCGGACUCAUCAGUGGGAGAAUAUGCCUUAUUCAGAAGCAAGAGCAACAUGUCAGAGCAGCAUAUGGACGACACAGCAGCUCUUAGACUGAAAAACCCCAGGACAUCAAACAUCCAACAAACGGCAGGAUGCAGUCGAGGUGUUACCAUCAACCCGCUGGCCCGGGCCAAGACGGACCUGACCUCCAUGACCUGCAGAUGAAGGUCGACUUCUUUCGUAAGCUGGGAUACUCUCCACAAGAGGUGAAGGCCGCCCUGAGGAAGCUCGGCCUGGGGACGGACACCAACGCGGUGCUGGGGGAGCUGGUGCGUUCAGGGGCCAAGGCUGUGCCCUCCUCUAGCUCUGACAGCGAUGAUGGUGGGUUCAGUUUGCCCCAUCGGGGAGGAAGCUCAUCUAGGGCACAGGGCUCAACGCUGGAGGACACCACUGAACCAGAAAGUGACCUGAAGCCUAUUGUUAUUGAUGGCAGCAACGUGGCCAUGAGUCAUGGGAACAAGGAAGUGUUUUCUUGCCGUGGGAUUGAGCUGGCAGUUAAUUACUUCCUUGACCGAGGACACAGAAAUAUCACUGUGUUUGUGCCUUCCUGGAGAAAAGAGCAGCCCAGGCCUGAUGUACCUAUUUCAGAUCAGCGUAUUUUGGAAGAGCUGGAAAAGAAGAAGAUUCUUGUGUUUACGCCUUCACGAAGGGUCGGAGGAAAGCGUGUAGUUUGCUAUGAUGAUCGCUUUAUUGUCAAAUUAGCUCAUGAGCAGGACGGCAUUAUAGUGUCCAACGACACAUAUCGUGACCUGCAAAGUGAACGUCCGGAAUGGAAGCGUUGUAUUGAGGAGAGAUUGCUUAUGUACUCCUUUGUUAAUGACAAGUUCAUGCCACCUGAUGACCCUCUCGGCCGUCAUGGACCCAAUUUAGAUAAUUUUCUUCGUAAAAAAGCAAUAUUGCUUGACCACAAGCGACAACUCUGUCCAUAUGGAAAAAAGUGCACAUAUGGGAUCAAGUGUAAGUUCUACCACCCAGAGCGCACAAAUCAGUCACAGCGUUCUCUAGCUGAUGAGCUUCGAGAGAAUGCCAGACUGUCUGGUUCAAAAGAAGAAAGCAGAGUAAUUGGGCCAAUAAGGGGCAUGUACCCAAGAAAUGACCUUGGUUUUGGGUCCAGCUCACCCUCCUUGGAGCAAGAACUGGAACAAAAGCUCAACUUAGAUCCCAAGAGCUCUGACAGCAGGGAUGUUAUGUUCCAGUACUGGAAUGACCUUUUGUCCACCAAAAAGCCCUUAAAUACAGCCACAGUGGGACAACACAGUGCUUCGGUAGACAGAACUAGUCUGCAAGCACCUUGCCCAACAAACCCUUCAUCCAUUUUCAGUUCUGACUCAGGUCUUGGAUCCUACCAAAGCCAGUUUUCAGAUCCAUCCCAGAGCAUUGAUGAGUUGCAUUGGAUGAGAUCCAAUCAUCCACCGAUGUCUGGUAACCCUAGUGUACCUGCAGGUGGCCAGCGCUACUAUGACAACAUGAGUUCUUUCUCCAACUAUCAGCCCAAUUUUGGUGCCUACAGCUCCCUACCUCUGGCCAACCCUGUCCACCGUUACAAUGUUCAUGCUUACGGUGCUUGGUCUUACCCUUACUUCUUACCACAGGCAACCAGUUUACCCGAACCUUUACCCUGUCCUAGCUCACACAGGUCUCCUGAUGUCUACAGAAGCCAGCAGCACUUAGCCAUGCCACAGUCCAACGCUUUCCAGGAAGAAAGAGAGGAGGUCAGGAAGAAGCUUUAUGCGAUUUUUAACCCGCAACAUGUAAACAAAGUUAUGGAAAUGUUUCCGCAGCUGAAAGAUGCUCAACAGCUGGCGGCAAAGAUUCUCAAACUCAAGUCCAAAGGAGAAAUCUUCUGAUUCAUGAAACUUUGGGACCAUAAAAAAGACUGCAUGGCAUGCCAAGUUUCUCAAAAGAAAGAAUCUCUACACUCUCAGAAAAAAAUGUGCAAACAUUGUACCUUUAGGGGUACUUUUUUACCCUUAAAAAGUCUGUAGAAGUGCUUUAAAGGUACCUAUUUCAUCUUUUAGGGGGAGAUAAGGUACAAACCUGUCGAUUUAGGGGUACAACAACUUGUCACUCGGGUGCUCCCUGAACUUUGUACCUUUUUACCCUUAAAAUUUUAUAGUAGUACUUUAAAGGUACCUACCCCUCAAACCCAGCCCACUCUCUCUUCCAACUGUUGCCUUCUGGUCGGCACUACAGAUCACUGUCCACUGGAACAGCCAGGCACAAAAACAGUGUUUUCCCGCCGGCAUUAUUCAACCUGAACAAUUAAUCUUACAACAUCCAUCACAGCUAACAUAGUUAUCUGACAUAUUUAUAUUAAACUUCACAUUUUGUAAAUAACAUAUCUGCACACUAAUAACAUACCUGUACAUUUAUCCAAACAAUUAUCUUUUUUUGUUUAUUUUUCCCCCAUUCUUCUAUUUCUGUAUAUAUAGUACAUUAUUUAAUUUUUUGAUUCUUUUUUUAUAUUAGUGUUAUAUUACAUCCCUACUGUGUUAUUCCUAUGUAUGUCUGCACUAUGUUGUACUUUCUUCUACACUGGAAGCUCCUGUCGUCAAGGCAAAAUUCCUUGUGUGUGUAAACAUACUUGGUAAUAAAGCUCUUCUGAUUACUACUACUAUUAUUUACUACUACUUUAAAGGUACCUAUUACUAAGAUGCACCUUCGAGGGGUAGAUAAGGUACAAAAUUGUCCUUUUAAGGGUGCUGUCCCAUUGACAUGCUGUUGUACCUCUAAAGUUAUACAAUUGUAAUUUUUUUUUUCCUGUAGCUUUGGUCUGUCUUUUGUGCUCUUUAAAGUCUCAGAAACCUGAAUGACUUAUCACAUAGUACAUGUGGUAACUAUGUAUGACUAAAAAGUCAAUUGUGUCUCUAGAUGUUUUUUUUAAGAGGUUGAUGCACAUUGCAUCAAUUGUUGCUCCUAACGUGUAGCAAACUGUACAGUACCUUGGCUCAAAGACUACAGAUUUGGUUUUGGACAGAAGCUUAAAUGUAAUUUUGAGCAUUCUAAAUAUAGCUGUAUGUAAUUGCAGUCAUUAAGGAACCUCCCUGUUUUCAAUGUUCAGAGUAGAUUUCUCGUCUGCUGCUAAUUGUUCGUUCAAAUCCGCUCCACCACAGAAUGACUUCAAAUAGUAGUAGGCGUGAUUCCUUGUCUCCUGCAGUCUUUUCGUUGUAUAUCUUUGUUUCAAUUAUUGUGGGUGGGAAUGCCCUGAUGUGUUUAUAUAUAAUUAAUACACACUUAAGUCAAGCACUGUGAUUUGAUGCAUUCCAGUUUUUGAAACUUACCACAGUACUGGAAAUCAUAUUUAAUUGUGCUUCAGUGGUGUUACAUGUUUCAUAUCAGGUUGGUUCUGCUGUGUAACUCUGAGCUUGUUGCUUUUGACGGUUUGAAUGUACAAUGGACAUCUCACAUCUUUCCUUUUAUGCAAAAUUGACUUGCGCCAUCUCAUUGUUCAAACAACUGCUCUCAAACAAGAGAAGAGCAAAUUCUUUGCACUAAGUAGUUAUGAUUUGCAUUUGUGCGUGUCAAAGUAUAUCAAAGAUUUGACGUAAUGGUAUAUAUUAUACAAUGAAUAUCACAGAAAAAUAAGGCUUUAGAUGUGUUAAUUCAAAAUAAUGAUGAAAGUUUUUAUUAUAAUAUAUUAUGCUGAUGUUAUAUCCACUGUUUUCAAAUGAGCAUUUAGGUAUUUGUGUCAUCACAACCCACUUGUAUGUCUUCUAAUAUCUAUGUUAAUGUGAACAAAUUCAAAGACACUGUCAGGGAGUAUGAGUUUGUACAGUUUGAUGUUUUCUCUUUAGAGGAGACAGUCUUAGCAGAUUUUUAAUUAUAGCAUCUGUUUGCAAAGAUGUUCCAUAGACAUUAUAUUUUAAGCUUUUGCUGUUGUUCUUAUUUUUCUUAUUUUUGUAAAAAUGUCAUAAAAUCAGCAAUAACACUUAAAGCAUUUAUGUAUAAUACAUUUAAGGUAUUCAUAAUGUAAGUUGUAAUGCAUUAUGUUUUUCAGAAAAAUUAUUGUAACCAAAUUGAAAAUGCAUCAUUUAUUUGAUUGUCAUGUGUUUUCAUACAUUACUUUCUAAAGAUGUAACAAUGAGUUUUUAAGUAAUGUAAUCUAUUAUAACUGUGGAAACAAUUAUUCAUUUGUUCAUACAAUUCAUUAUAAAGUGCAUUAUAAGACAUAAUUAAAACUACUUUUAAUGCAUUAUAUGUAAAGGCUUUAAGUAAAGUGUUACCAAAUUAACUGCUUUAACACAGCUCGGUGUGUGUAGUUCAUGGUGUCCAAGUAGCAACUUGCAACAUGUUUAUAUCCUGCCAGUGCAUUAUAAUCAUUAAUGUGAACAGGAAAUAAGUUCUCAAUGUUGUAUUGGCAAAUGCAAUGAUGAAAAAAAAAAAAAACUGACCUUCUUUCUCUUUGUCUCUUAAACAGUAAUAAAAUAAAAUAAAUAAAUAAAUAAAAAGAUAAUUGUG